AUGUUCAAGCCUCGUCAAAUCGCUAAGCAAUUCGUAGCUCGCGAACAAAGCGAAGGUGCCGGUGCUCGCGUCUAUCGCUCCAUCGGUCCAUCUCAACUGCGCACUCUCGACCCAUUCCUCAUGCUGGACGAAGCGAGCGUUGGACUUCCCGGCGGCUUUCCGGCGCACCCACAUCGUGGAUUUGAGACCGUGUCCUACAUGCUCCCCACGUCUAAGGGCAACUUUCAACACGAAGAUUUUUUGGGCAAUGAAGGCGAACUGCGACCUGGUGAUCUGCAGUGGAUGACGGUUGGACGAGGGAUUAUGCACUCGGAAAUGCCAAAGAGUCACGACCCGGCGCACGGUCACCAGCUAUGGGUCAACCUUCCAAAGCACCGUAAAAUGAUCCAGCCCCGCUACCAAGACGUCCCACGUGAGUCGGUGCCGCAUGCUUUCAACGACGACAAGAGUGUCGAGGCUCUUGUCUUUGCCGGCGAAGUGUUCGGUUUGCGAGGUCCCAUUGAAACGGAGGCACCAGUUACGUACGUACACUUUAUGUUGGCCGCAGGAGCCAAGCUCGAGUACCCGAUUCCGUCAACGCACAACGCGCUUGUAUACGCUAUCAGUGGUAGGGGCCAAUGUGUUGGAGCUUCCAUCCAGCCACACGAGGCGAUCGUGAUGGAGAAGGACGGAGAUGGUGUGGUACUGACGGCAGCCGAGAAGGACAAGCUGGAGGUGAUCGUGAUGACUGGCGAACCUCUCAAUGAGCCUGUCGUUCAGCAUGUUCCAUUCGUGAUGAACUCAAUCGAGGGAUUAAAACAAACUUUUGAGGAUUUCCAACAAGCAAAGAAUGGAUUCGAAAACGCGCGUUCGUGGGAGCCUAAAACCCAACGACGUCGCUAG